AGCAGUUAUUUAAUUAUAAUGGAAUCGCUUCAAGAAAUAUGUCAAUACUUAAAGCCAAAUAUACGACUAGAUCUAAAAACUAUUGCAUUAGAACAUGUUCUCAGUAUAACUGGAACUACCGAAGGACGAGAACUACUAUUAAAGCUUCCAGAUUUAUUAACGCAACUAAUUGCUUUGAUUCAAGAUUCUUCUACUGCAAUUUCCAAAGAUGCAGCACUAGCUAUAAUAAAUAUAACUGCAGACGAAGGAGGAAGCAACGCAUUUCUGUUAAUUUCAGAAACUGAACCAAAAGAUGGAAAAUAUAAUUAUAAUUUAAUUCAUGUUUGUAUUAGGUUUAUAAUGGAUAAAGAAUGUAUUUUAGCAGACCCAUGCUGCAUGAUACUUUCUAAUAUGACCAGACCAUUACAUUUGGUGGAUAGAAUCAUAACACUUAUUGAAAAAAGUGGUUAUUCGUGGGACAAAAUUGUGGCGGCAUUCACUGCUAAACAGUAUAAUAAUACUGGAGCCAAACUUCACUAUUUAGGUCCAGUUUUUAGUAACCUCAGUCAAUCUUCACAUGUAAGGAGGUAUUUAAUGGACAAAAAUCGUAGUGUCAUUCAGAGGCUACUCCCUUUCACAGAAUAUGAAGAUAGCUUAGUAAGACGUGGUGGAAUUGUUGGUACAUUAAAGAACUGUUGUUUUGAUGUAGAAAAUCAUGAAUGGUUAUUGAGCCCUGAAGUAGAUAUUUUAUCAUAUCUUUUGUUGCCAUUGGCAGGGCCAGAAGAGUUUGAUGAUGAGGACAAUGAUAAACUGCCAAUUAGUUUACAGUAUUUGCCAGAGACAAAGCAAAGGGAGCCAGACUUAGAUAUUAGAAUCAUUUUGUUAGAGGCCUUAACUCAACUAUGCGCGACGAGGAAAGGAAGAGAAAUACUGAGAACAAAAAAUACUUACGUAAUACUCAGGGAAUAUCAUAAAUGGGAGCAAGAUAAAACUGCAUUGUUAUCUUGCGAAAAUGUUGUUGAUAUUUUGAUUAGGACUGAAGAAGAAAUAGGUUUGGACAACUUAAAAAAUGUAGAAAUUCCCAUAGAGUAUACAGAGAAAUUCCAUAAGAUGGAUCAAGAUUUUAUUAAUAGUACAUGA